AAUAAAGAGCAAGUGAGGUGAUUAGGCACGCCGAAUGCCAUUGGUGUUGACUAUAAAAUAGUCGGCAACUUAGUUUCGUUACAGCAACUUAUGCUCGAACGCAUAAUAAAAAAAACUGCGGCAAUCGGUUAUUUACCAAAAGGAUGGAGCAGUUGGCACAGUUUGUAACCAAAUCGUUUGAAUUUAACUUAACUAAUAACAGUGUUCACGCUUUAUUCAAUUCAAUGACGGGCGCCCGAAUUAAAAAGCACACCGAAGUGAAAAACUCCAUAUUCAUAAACUCCAUUAGUUCCGGCGGCAGUUAUGCCGAUACUUGCGCGAGUGGUGAAGAAUCCGUGGAUAUAGACAUAACCGACUUAUCCGUUUCGGAAAGCAAUACGAUUCUCGCAGCUGAUCCGGAACAACAAUUAGAAGAGUCCCAUCCCGAGGUGGAAACGCUGGAGACGUAUAGCCUGAGCCCAAGUUUUCGAAAGGCAGUGGAGCCCAAGCCAAAAAACUGGCUCAUUUCGGAUGAUUUGGAGGUGGAGUCUCAGCCGGAAGAUCCGAAAAUUCCUGUAGUGGUAACCGCUAACAUAAGCGAGUGCACGGAUGAUAGUGACCCACCAAAACUGGCUCCCGAUAAGCCUGGAGUAACCGAAAAGUGCAUCACGCCGGAGCCAAGCAGAAUCCGGGAGCACUGCGAUCACUUGGACUCAUCGGUAGUGAACACCAAGCAGCGGAGAUCGCGGACGAACUUCACGCUGGACCAGCUUAACGAACUGGAGCGACUCUUCGAGGAAACGCACUAUCCUGAUGCCUUUAUGCGCGAGGAACUGAGUCAGAGAUUGGGUCUCAGCGAAGCUAGAGUGCAGGUUUGGUUUCAAAAUAGAAGAGCAAAAUGUAGAAAGCACGAAAACCAAAUGCACAAAGGAUUUUUAGUGGGUAGUCGAAGUCCUCCAAUCGCUACUCCUCUGGAGCCCUGUCGCGUGGCACCCUAUGUUAGUUUGGCCGCCCUUCGCAGCUCAUCCGUUCCAUCACAUCCUGCCACUGCGACAAGCUCGAAUCCCCAAACACCCAGUGUAACUAGCUCUGGCAAAGUGCUCAAUGUGGAUUCGCCCCACACUCCGGCGAUAUCGCGUUCGGCCAUUAAGCAGUUUUCUAGCACUGUUGCAGCAGCCGCCGCCUUUUCGGCAUUCGAUCCAGCGAUUAUUUCAGUGGCAGCUCAUCAGUAUGCUGCCGCUAUAACCAAUGGAACCGUGCCAGCUGGACUUUUUUCCGUGCCACAAUAUUCAAUUAAUCUGGCUGCUUUCGCCGCCGCUCAUAGCAAGAGUUCUUCAAUAGCCGAUUUAAGGAUGAAGGCCAAGAAACACUCGGAAUCAUUAGGGCUUCAAGCAGAUAUGGUUCUUUAGUAGACAGCUUCACAUAUGUAGAUUAUAAAAGUGUACAUUCAAUUGAUGGUAUGGUAAUAUUCCGUCUGCCAUCGUUAUAAAAAAGGAUAGCCACAUUUAUUUAUUUAAUAAAAGUUUUACUUAAUAAAUCUAAUGAUUAAGAUUGAUUUAAAAACAAUAUCGACAAAUAAAAGAACUGUUUUUUGAACGUGUUUUUGGGUCUUAUCUUAUGAUUGUUAUUUCAGUUGUUCUUAUUUAGAAUAAUUUUAA